UCACAACCAUGAAUGAGAUUUAAUCCAUUUUUAGACGUGGGUUUAAUCAGGCGCACGAUUUUACCAUGUCGGGAAUUGCGCACGCGUCAACGCAGAGCAUCCGACCUUAUAAGUCGUGUGAGGAAUACCUCUACGCGAUGAAGGAAGACCUGGCCGAGUGGCUGAACGACUUGUACGGCGUGGAAGUGACGGUGGAUAGCAUGGUGCAGGCGCUCGAGACGGGCGCGCUCCUGUGCGCUCACGCCAACAACGUGACGCGCGCGGCCGCCGAGUUCCAGCGCGAGCACCGCGGCACGCGAGCGCACCUGCCUGCCUCAGGGGUGACUUUCACGAGCUCGGCUCAACCCGCAACGUUCCUGGCUCGCGACAACGUGUCCAACUUCAUCAGCUGGUGUCGAAAUGAGAUGCACAUUAAAGACGUUCUGAUGUUCGAGACAGACGACCUUGUGCUGCGAAAGAAUGAGAAGAAUGUGGUGCUCUGCCUACUCGAGGUGGCUCGACGGGCCUCGCGCUUCGGCAUGGCCGCACCUGUGCUUAUACAGCUGGAGGAGGAGAUCGAGGAGGAGAUUCGUGAGGAGACCAGGGAGCCUGUGGUCCAGAGAUGCUCGAUAAACACUGAGAACGUGGAUGAGAUGGUUCAAUACCUGAUAAGUCGUUGCACUUGUCCCAGUCAGUUUCCCAUGGUGAAGAUCUCAGACGGCAAAUACAGAGUUGGAGACUCCAGCACUAUCAUAUUUGUGCGAAUCUUAAGGAAUCAUGUGAUGGUAAGAGUGGGUGGAGGAUGGGACACCCUGGAGCACUAUCUGGACAAACAUGACCCCUGCCGCUGCACAUCUCUCUCCCAUAAACUGGCUCAGCGCCCUGGCACGCCAGUCCAUGAGAUCAAAGCCAGGCACUGUGGGCCUGAUGGUCAGGCUACGUCUCAAAUCUCUUUGGUGCUGAGCCGAGCCCAAUCCCCCCUCGACCCUGUAGUCUGGACUCCUUCUGCUGCCACUAGAAUCCAGAGGUCAGAGCCAGGGCUCAGGAAUAGCCCCUCUCCUAACAAACUACGGGUCCCUUGCCGCUCUGACACUAAGGAAGUCAGGCUGAAGUCCACUACCCGAACAGGCAGAGAACCCAGUAGGGUAUCUCCAUCUCCACGUCUAUCCAGCAGUCUUCCACGCCCAACUCACUCGUCCACCCCAGUGCGACCAGAGACUCAGCGUCCGAGUACACCCUUGGUCUUGCAGAAGGUCUACAACCAGACCUUUCCUCCAUCCCAACAAGGGUCAAACAACAGACUUCGGAACAACUGGACUAAGUCGCAGAUUGUAUCAAAGCUGAGACAAAAUGCCACACCUGGGCCAAAGAACUACCAGGAAAUUCAAAACAUUCCAGAAAAGCCACUUUCAGCUCGGCAUUUCCAGUGUGUUACAGCAGUUCAAGGUCUCGCAACCAACAAAAACACUUUACUAAACCACCAAGACUUUCAAGCCGGCAGGAAUGCCAGAAAGAACCCAGGGUUCAUUCGGACAUUUUCCCCUACAAAAGGGCUAAUAGGUGUCAUACCACCAGGUGAUGGGCAUAAAAGGCCCCUUGCAUCAUCAGAAGAUUCACCUCAACCUACAGUACAUCAGGAAAACGAGAAUAGCCACCAAAAAUCUUCACAUCAUGACAGAAAGCAACAACCAGAGACCACUGUACUGAAUUCUGUCAUCAACAUAAGCAAGUCAGACUUCAACAGCACCAUGGUGACGCCAUCAGAAGCUGGUUCGGUUGUAAAUGCAGAAAACAAAUUUAGAAAUACAGACAGAAGCUUUCUCUAUACUCCUCCUCCAAUCAGUCCUGCUCAGGAGGCCAUUCUAUACCAGAGCCUUGAGGAGGAGAUCCUGUUUAAUCUAAAACAGCUUGGCAUGGACUCCGAUUCAGAGAUUGAGGAAGACGGUAGUGAGCCUGACAUUCCAAUGAUUUCUCCAGAGAAUUCGCAUGAGAUCAGAAAACCUUUUACCCACAACACAUGCUCUGGUGCAUCAUAUUCAUCCUCUGGAGAAACUAAUGCCAGAGAUGCUAUUUUUAAAGCUGUUAUUGCUGAGCUUUCCAAAGAGAGGAAGCCACUUGAGAAAGUAUCUAUCGAUGGUUGGAUUCAUUUCUCCAGAGAUCCCAGAGACGAGAAGCAAGAAAGACAGACUAACACAGAUUUAAGACAGUUGAGUGUUUCCAAACCCUCCAUGGCCAGUUCCUCGUCUUCCCUAGGCUCGAGCAUGGAUUCAAAAGAUUCUGCUGAACAGUCCAAGACCUCUGAAGUGAACAACUGUGGGACUGGGAAUAAGGAGAAGCCCCAGGUACCAUCCACAUGUCACAGGAGGUCCUUGAAAAAGCCAGAAAGAGUACCUUCCAUUUUUAAAUUGAAACUGAGACCUUGUGUCCGCCCCAGACGAGACCAUAGACCGGACAAGACACCUACAAAGAUCCCCAAACCACUUUGCUAUAGAAGAAGUCCAAGUCCAGAAGACACUCAGGACAAUUUGUCACUACAAAAUACUGUUAAUACUGUUUACUCCAGGAAAUCCUCUCAAACUAUAUCCAAAUUCAGUGCCACAAAGUGCAAAGCAGGGGAUCAGGAGAUUAUUGUUCAUCAGGAACUUGAAUUCUGGUUAUAAUUAUUGUCUUUUUAUAUUUAAAGGUAUAUUUUUGCUUUCAGUUUUGCUAUGUUUUGUAUCUUAGGAUCUAGCAGGGGUGAACUUAUUUAGGUAUGGGAUUUGGGUAAGAUCUUGAUCCUAACCCUAACCCUAUCCUCCCUUCUGGACGAGAAACCAGAUGGGUAUGGGUUUACUUGCAAUAGGAUGCCAAACCAUUAUGUUUCAACAUGUAUGGCUGAACCAGAACUCUAGACCUAAGAGUUUUGAGGCAACAGUACUACUGUACUUCAAGCACCCGCUGUGCUGCUUUGAUACUUUUAUCAUUUUUUACAUUUGCUUUAUUAAAUAAUGCUCUUAUUUGAAAUACCUGCUGAACAAAUUUAGCCGUUGCAGUUUGGCUGUGCAGGGAUUUAAGUUUCAAUCAGUAGCCCAAAGACUAAACAAGCACAUACCAAUUUCCCAGAAGGAAAAGCAGCAUGACAAAAAUGACUACAAACAUGUUUAGAAUUGUUUGGACCAUGCUUAGAAUUUCCACCAUACACAUGUUGACAUGCUUUGGCUUUAUCAAAUAAGCACUUUUUUUCCUCAGGCAGAUGGAAACUGGGAGGCUUGCAGAAAUAGAAAAGCACACACUGUAUUAUUGUUCACAGUCAGUUGCUUCACAGCUGAGCCUUAAUGCGAAAUUACUCACAGACAAUAGACAAAGGUUUCCCUAUUAAAAUCUAUAUUAGUCCCAACUAAUCGACCAUCAGUGGUGAGUGUAUGUACAGUACAGGCUUCUUUGUUUAUCCACAAAACAACAUUAAAUAUAGCGAGAGACAGCCUUAAUUUCACACUGGUGUGUUCCUACUGAGGUUAUUCUUAGCCGUUUUUGUUUCCUUAUCGUUUUUGCAAGUCACCUUGCGGCCUUGUUUUUGCCAGUGCAGCCUUUAUAAAUAAACCCUAGUGUAAGUCUGAGGCUAUUUAUAGUCUCCUUGAAACUGCAGUCUAUAACACCAGAGCAGCUGCACCGAGUGAAUGUCUCUCUCUCUCUCUCUCUCUUUUUUCUUUCUCCAAAUUUCUCACAGAGGGGAGGACAAUUUCAGACCCCUCAUGAUUAUCUGUAGGCAUGAAAAUUGGUCUGAUGUGGACAAAGCAGGUCAAAAACCAUUC